UAUAUAUGGGAAUUUGGUAGCUGCCCAUCAACUCUUCCAUAAUUAUAAGUCUCCCCCUCUCUCUCAUUCUCGCAGUGAGAAACAAUGGAAGGUGGAGGGGGAGAAAGCAAGGGGGUUCCUCUGCUGGACAGGCCGGCUGGGGCUUCGACGGCGCAGACGCUCGGAAAUAUUAUUGUUUCGGUUGUCGGCACUGGCGUUUUGGGCCUCCCCUUCGCUUUGAGAAUCGCCGGUUGGCUCGCUGGUUCUCUUGGGGUCAUGGUUGCUGGUCUCUCCACCUACUACUGCAUGCUCCUCCUUGUGCAAUGUAGGGAUAAGUUGGCAUCAGAAGAAAAUUCAUCAGAAAAAACUUAUGGUGAUUUGGGGCAUGGAUGCAUGGGAAGAACAGGUCGUUAUCUAACCGAAUCCUUGAUUCUGAUUGCCCAAUGUGGAGGUUCCGUGGCGUACCUUGUAUUUAUUGGACAAAACCUUUCGUCGAUGUUGAAUGGCCACGGUUUCUCAGUUGCUUCCUGUAUAUUUUUAUUAGUUCCAGUCGAAAUUGGGUUGUCUUGGAUAGGCAGUCUAUCAGCUUUAGCACCCUUCAGUGUGUUUGCGUCAGUAUGCAAUGUGUUGGCUAUGGCGUUUGUGGUGAAAGAAGACAUACAGCAGGCAGUGGAGGGCGAGUUUUCUUUUAGGGAUAGGACAGCGAUCACAUCAAGUAUAGGAGGGUUGCCAUUUGCAGGAGGUGUGGCGGUGUUCUGUUUUGAGGGGUUUGGGAUGACAUUAGCACUGGAAGGUUCUAUGCGAGAUAAAAGUACAUUCCCGAGGUUGCUUGCUCAGGCUUUCACAGGGAUAACCCUUGUCUAUUGUUUAUUUGGAUUUGCCGGUUACAUGGCUUAUGGUGAUCAAACCCUCGAAAUUGUCACUCUCAAUCUCCCUCACAAUUGGUCUGCCAUGGUGGUUCAGAUUGGUUUGUGCUUGGGGCUAAUAUUUACCUUCCCAAUCAUGCUACACCCGAUAAACGAGAUCAUAGAAGGGAAGUUGGUAAAAGGCAAAUGGUUUCAGAAAGCUCAUGAUGACAAUGACGAUUAUUCAACGAUGCCGCCUCUAGGAAGGUUUGCAGUGUACGUGAGUCGAGCAAUAGUGGUGAUCAUACUGGCCGUCUUGGCCUCGUGCGUUCCAGGGUUUGCAGUAUUUGCGUCGCUCGUGGGAAGUACUGUAUGUGCACUGAUCUCAUUUGUUCUACCUGCUUCAUUUCACUUAGCAUUGUUGGGUUCUUCCCUAAAAUUGUGGCAAAGAACCUUGGAUUGUUGCAUAUUAUUUUGCGGAAUGCUUUUUGCCGCAUACGGCGCUUACAAUGCCGUAGUUGGCGUUUGAAUCGCUUGUCGUAAUUAGUACUUUACAAGUAAGAGAUACAUGAAUACAAACUGUACAAUGGGGAAGCAGAAGAACUCUAAUCUGUAUCUGGAUUCCAAUAUUCGAUGUACCACCAGUGUAUAAUAUUCUUCAGCCCAAUGAUGCAGAAAUCCGAAAUCUGAACCAUCAAAUCCUUUACUUCUAAUUUAAGCAAAUUUUCUACAUGA